AUGACAGUGCUGGCUCUCCUGACUAUUGCCCUCUUUGCAGGUGCUGUCUUCGCCGCCCCUCAGUCUUCCCGUAUCGUGGGUGGAACUGAGACUUCCAUCGAGAAGUUCCCCUCCAUCGUUGCGGUUGAAAGCUACAGUGUAUUUUUUGCGUCCUGGUCUCAGUCUUGUGGUGCCAAUAUUUUGACCACGCGAUACGUUCUGUCUGCUGCACACUGUUUCAGUGGAAUCCUCUACAGCCCCAACUACCGUCGCAUCAGGGCAGGUUCUUCCUAUCGCAACACCGGUGGUAUCGUGGCGUACGUGGAUGUUGAGAUCAACCACCCUUCCUAUGGCUUAAACGGUUAUGAUGGUGACAUCUCAGUAAUUCGUCUGAUUACUCCCUUAGUAUACAGCCCCGUUGUGCAACAAGCAACCAUUGUCGCCCAAGGAUACAAGAUCCCUGACAACUUGCCUGUUGUCCACGCUGGAUGGGGAAGGAUCGAAUACGGCGGUGCUUUGUCUCCCGUACUCUUGGAGACCACUAUCUUCACCAUCAACAAUGAGCUGUGUGCCGCUCGCUACUUGACUCUGCCCAGACCAGGAAUUGUUACUGAGAACAUGAUCUGCGCUGGUAUUCUUGACGUCGGUGGCAAGGAUGCCUGCCAGGGUGACUCUGGUGGUCCUCUCUACUUCUCAGACAUUCUCGUCGGUGUUGUAUCUUGGGGUCAUGAAUGUGCUAACGAUACUUAUCCAGGAGUCAGCACUGCCGUGAGCUCCUACACUGACUGGAUCGCGGCUGCUGUCAGCUAA